CCUCUUCUUUCUCUCGAUUCUAGGGUUUCGUCCCGCUCGACCUUCAUCCCCUUGCUCGACCUUCAUCCCCUUGUUGUCUUCGAUCCUUGGGAUUUUGAUUCGGCGUUUGGAUCGAUCGAUCGAUUCUUGAUUCCUUUCGAAGGAGGAGGUAAGGAUGUACAACGGGAUCGGGCUGCAGACCCCGCGGGGGUCGGGCACCAACGGCUAUAUCCAGACCAACAAGUUCUUCGUCAAGCCGAAAGCCGCCCCCGCCAGGGCUGACGCCUCCUCGGACGGCGCCGGGGCUCGCCCGGAGGGUGCCAUGCGGAAACCCAACAAGGACAUCCUCGAGCACGACCGCAAGCGCCAGAUCCAGCUCCGCAUUCUCGUCCUCCAGGAAACCCUAGCCGACCAGGGCUACACGGAGGACGAGAUCGCGGAGAAGCUCCAGGAAACCCAAAAGACCCUGGAGGCCGAGGCGGCCGCCGCCGCCGCCACCGGUGAACGUAGCGCUGCUCCUCCUCUCCCCGGCAAGAGGUUUACAGAUACACAGACCCAUCAUAUUGCUGCGCUUAAAGAGAAACAACUUGAAACUUUGAGAGCAGCUCUUAAGAUAGAAGACAGGAAGAAAACAUCUGAACAUGAACAACAAGAAGAAAAUCAGGACGACAAAGAAAGUGACUUAGAGCCUGGAGAACUUGUUGAUGAGAAAUAUUGGGAGCAUAAGAAGAAUCCAAAGGAUUCUGACCAGCAACAAGAAAAAUAUGAUGAUGGACAUGUGGAUGCUAAGAUGAAAAAACAGGGGGUGGAAAGAUUCGUAAGUAAGAAAGGUCUAAAGGAUGUAAAAGAGCAGGAAAAGAAGAACAAUGAAGGCUGGAGGUCUCCAAGUGAUGAGCCAAAGCACCAUGAUAAGGAUAUCAGAAAGGGAAAACACAAGGAUAGUUCUGAUAGUGAUAGCAGUAGAAGUGUUGAAUUGGAAAAGAAGAAACAUGGAAAAAGCGUAUGCAGACAUGAUUCUGAAGAUGAUUCUGAUUUCUGGAGCAGGAAGAAACAUGGAAAAAGUGCACGCAGACAUGACUCUGAAGAUGAUUCUGAUGACUGGAGCAAGAAGCAGCAUGGAAAAAGUGCACGCAGACAUGAUUCUGAUGUCCCGAACAGUAAUAAGAACAAAAAAAGGGGGUUCAAAAAGCAAGGAAAGAAGAUUGAAAAUCAGGAAACUGAUGAUUCAGAUUCUGUUAGUGACUCAUCAUUAGAUUCUGUCAGUGACUCGGAUGAGGAAAAUGCCAGAAGAGAACCACAGAAACAUGUCAAGAAACAUAGGUGGCAUGAUACUGCUUCAGAUUCAGACAGAAAUGCUCGGGACAAGAAAAAACAUGCAGGGAGGCAAUGGACAAAAAACAAGAGACAUGACUCUGAUGAUUCGGAACCAGAAACUGAUGAUGAAGAGAAAAGGAGAAAGCAAGCAGACAAACAUCGCAGGCCCAGCAGAUGGUACAAGAGCAGCGACUCUGAAUCUGGUGAUGGAAAGAAAAAUGCCAUCAAUUAUAGGAAACAUGGAAAAAGCAGCAGAAGGCAUGAUUCUGAUGAUUCAGAGUAUGAUACUGAUGACGAGAAGAAAUGGAGAACAAAGGGGAUGGGGAAACAUGGUCAAUCCAGCAAAAGACGCAAGACCAAUGACUCAGAUGCUGACCGUGAAAAGAAAAAUGCCAUUGAUCGCAAGAAACAUGAGAAAAGCAGAAGAAGACAUGAUUCUGAUGAUUCAGAUUAUGAUACUGAAGAUGAAAAUAACAUAAAAAAAGGGAUGGAGAAUAGCAAACUGAGCAGAAGGCAUAUGAAUUAUGAUUUUGACUCUGACAGUGAAAAGAAAAAUAAGAGCAGAGGUGCUUCUCAUGAAUCUUGUCAUGUUAGACCAAGAAAGGUUGCUGAAGGGAAAAAAGAUGGUAACAGGAGAAGAAGGCAUGAUACUGAUGAUGAUAGCUCCUAUACUGAUAGUGGUAAGGAAACUAGUGGCAAUCAAGUUGUGAAACACAGUAAAUCUGAAGUGAAGCAAGAUUCAGUGACUGAUGAUGAUGGAAGCCAGAGCUCUGACUAUAGUAGUGACACAAAUUCCGAUAAUAGCAAUAGUCCAGUGAAGCAGGAUAGGAAUAAAACAGGCAGGUGGGAUAUCAACAAAAAUGCUGGAAGUAGCCAUCAAAAUGGUAAUGAUUGUGUGAAGAGGGAACACUUGGGUAGCCCAAAGAAGUUUGAAAGAACUGACCAAUUUGAAUCAAGGCGAGACAGGAAGGACAUUGAUGACCAUGGAAGCCAGGAAGCAAGGAAAAGGAGAGAGACUGAACAUGGUAGCCGACCUGCUGGUCUACAAGAAUCAAAGUCUAGAAGUGUUGGUUUAGUAGAAGCGGAGAGAAGGAGAGAGAGUGAGAGCAGAGGUCAUAGGACGUACCAUGGAAGACGAGAAGAUCAGAAGAGGGAGGACAACUCUGUAUUGCAAAAAGUUGGUGAUAAACGGGCAUUAGAAGAUCAUGUAAAUGAAGAUAGGUAUGGUAGCAGAAGGUACAGUAAAGAUGAGCGCAGCUAUGAUGAUGCUAAGAGGAGAAGAUAUGAAGAUUCCUGGCAGCAUCGGAGGCAGGAUAGGUAUAACCAUCAUUCCACUGAAGAUGCAGGCCGACACAGGCACUGAUGUGGCUCUUAUUGUUCCUGAAAUGGUAAGGCAUGGCUUGUUGUAGAGUGCGCUUCGAUGUGGAAAAUUCUGGUGGCAUCUUUGGUUAUUAUGUAUUUCAUGUUGUAGUAGCUGCAAACCUGUUCCUGGCAGCAAAAAAAUAACUAAAACUUGAUUAGGGUGUUCUGUGGUAUGCUUGCACUUGAAACUAUGUGUGGUCCACUUGAUUAUUGGUGUUCUAUAAUAUGCACGUACUUGUGAUCAUUCCUUCAGUGAGUAUUCUAUCUGAAUUACCAAUUAAGAU